AUGGACCAUAACAAUGAUAGUCGAUCAUUUCAAAUAGGUUGUAGAGUGGUACCGUUACCACUUAAUGUGAUAUGUGGUGAUCAAGCAUUUGAUGAAAAUACUAAACAGGAAAUAGUUGAUAGUCAAGUAUUUAAUAGCAUUAUUAAAGAGGAAAUUACUGAUGAAACAGACCGUAACAAUGAUAGUGAAUUAUUACAUAUAAGUUCUGGAGUGUUGCCACUCUCACUUGAUGGUUGUUGUGUUCAAGAAUUUAAUGGCAUUCAAGAAAUUCGCCAGACUAAACCGGUGUAG